UGAUGGUCUACAAAGACGUGGUUUUAACCUUACUUAUUCUUGCAUUUACUGCAACAUGCAUGGCAGAUGAGAUGAAAUCGAUGAAAGAUGAAAUCGCCGUCAUCAGAAAUUUGCUGAAGGUCCAAACCGAGAGGUUGACGAAACUUGAGAUGGAGAACGAUGCCCUGAAGAUCACUGUUUCCAAGUUGGAGAAUGAUAAUUUACUGAUGAAGGAUAGGUUGAUGGAUAUUUCCGAUGAAAACAAAGUUUUACAACACGAAGUAACUAAUCUUAGGAUACAAGUGACACAAAUGCAAGGUUUAUUAAAACAUGGAAAUGUUGCAAACCUAAAUGAGCAGGAAGAACCAAAUGGCACAUUGAGAGAAACGAUACGUCGUCGCCUCCUUCUUCCUGACGCUGGGUCCCCCUCUACCACGCCCCUACCCGUUGAGCCAGUGGCCUUCUACGCUUACAUGUCAAAACCCGAGCCCACCCCAAGCAAUCAUCAUUCGCUCAUCUUUGACGUUUUGAAGACCAACCUUGGAAAUGGGUACAACAAAUUCAGCGGAACAUUCGUUGCUCCAUUUGCAGGGGCAUAUGUGUUCACCUGGACCAUCAACACAAACCCAAAUGGGGCUCAUUGGAUUAAUUUAAUGGUCAAUAAUGCAAUUGUUGGGGGUAACCUUUGUGACACGCAGGGCACGGGUAGCUAUGACUCUGAUUCUAACACUGUAGUGGUUGUUCUUAGUCAGGGAGACAGUGUCAACCUGCGUACAACCGUUCAAAGUCUUACUGACAUUUAUGCAGAUUCGCAUGCAUUCACUACUUUUGCCGGUUGGCGUCUUUAGUUGAAUUGCCUGUAUACUGGUUGUUACAAGCGUACCUUGACAAAAAACCAAUGUAUUAAGUUUAUUCAAAUAAAGACAGCCGAAUUUGUUCCCGUCUGAGUUU